AUGAAGGGUAGGCAGCCAGCGGACCUCAUGUUACGAUUCUCACCGACUGCGUCUGCUCCCCGUCGCGCUUUUACGUCUCAAGGAAACGUCAAGACCGUAUUGGGACAGUUCAAAAAGGCGGACCUGUGUACGGAGCAUCGGCUGAACCCUCGUGAUCUCCGCAAGAUUGAUUCGAGGAUACCGAACCUCGUGCCUACGAUCUUGGUGCGAAAAGAAGCCAUCCUUGUUAAUAUCCUGCAUGUCCGUGCCCUCGUCAAGGCCGACACCGUGGUCCUCUUUGACAGCUAUGGCUCUGCAGACUCUCGCUUGCACUCGGUGUUCCUCUACCACCUUGAGCACAAUCUGAGGGCGAAGACCCCGGGCCUGCCUUAUGAAUUCCGUGCACUGGAAUCUAUACUCCUGUCGGUUCUAAGCGCGCUGGAGGCCGAGAUGGUUUUCAUUCGCAAUCUCGUGGGCGGGCUUCUCGCGGAACUCGAAGAUGACAUAGACCACGACCGCUUCAAGCGCCUUCUCCAUUACUCGAGGCGCCUCUCGAGCUUCCAGAAUCGUGCAAAGUUGGUUCGCUCAGACGAGGAUCUCGCCGCUAUGUACCUCAGUGACAAGCAGACCGGCACUCCGCGGCCACACAAUGAUCAUGAGGAGCUAGAGGUCUUACUGGAGUCAUUCUCGAAGCAGGUGGAGGAGAUCGUCAACGAGGCAGAGACCAUCCAGACCAACGUACAGUCUACGCAAGAGAUUGUCGAGCUCAUCCUGGACUCCAAUCGUAAUUCUCUCCUCGCCCUGGACCUUAAGAUAUCUAUCAUCACUAUGGGUAUUGGCAUCGGCACGUUCGUGGCAGGUCUGUUCGGGAUGAACCUGAUAAGCCACUUUGAAGCCCACCCAUAUGCAUUUUAUGCCAUGGCAGCGGUCGCGUUAUGGGCUCGCUCGGCGAUACGCAAGGUCGGACUAUCGAGAAACAACCGCAAACCGCCCAAACGGCGUUCGAAGUGGGCGAUUCUGUCGCUGCGGGGGCGAUACGAGGGCUGGUAG